AUGAGUCGCUCACGGGCCCACGCGCCCGUGCGCCCUGCUUUACGUGCGCCCACGCGCUCCUGCGCCGUGCGUUCCGUGCACCCACACGCACGUGGGUAUGUGGGCAACAAGGCGGCGGUCUUCCCCCUGCAACUGCUGGGCUUCGAUGUGGACCCAAUCAACUCCGUGCAGCUCUCCAACCACACUGGGUACCCCACGUGGAAGGGGCAGAUUCUGGAUGGAGAGCAGCUGUGGGCGCUAAUAGAGGGCCUGGAGGCCAAUGGGCUGCUCUUCUACACGCACCUGCUCACCGGUGGGUUCCAGCUCCUCUCCUCCCAUUCUCUCCCUCACACACUUUCCUUUCCCCCCUCUCUCCCUCUUUCCCUCCCUCCUUCCCUCCCUCUCUCCCUCUUUGCCUUCCUCCUUCUCUCCCUCUCUCCCUCCUUUCAUCAGAAGUAUCCUCACGACUUGGCUAGAGCAGCGGAGCUAGCAGUGGCAUCCCUACAGGCUGUGCUCGCACGAACCUUGCAGCACCGCUCUCCACCUCUGGACGGCACCGAGUCCUCUCCCACUCCCCCCACUCCCAAGCGCCUGGAGCUCUGCCUCGUUCAGAGCCGCGAUGACAUUAUAAGCCCGCCUGUUGUGUUACGUGCACAAGUGGUUGAAAGCGCGCGUGAUGCGGACCGUACUUGUCUCCCGCCGAGUAGCCAUGGAGGACGCAGAGGCGCGCCGCUGCGCAGCAUGCGCGAGUCCGCGGCGAAGCAGCAGGCGUCGUCCCCCGGCGCGCCCACGCCUUCCGCCGCCCUCUCCGCACUCCCCUCCCCCGACUUCUCUCCGCCGCUUAUCCGCACGCAUCUGCGUGUGCGCCAUCCGGGGAAGGCGGACCUGGGGGAGGUAGAUCUGCUAGACGGCCAGCAGGAGCAGCCACCACAGGCUCGGGGAAUUUCUCACAGGCCUCAUGUAAAUAUCUUCAAAGCUCUAGCGUGUUUGUCUUAA